GACCCUCGGCGAGACCUGGGGACCGGCCAUCAGCUCCGGCCGCCGCCUCGCCGAGGACCGGGGUCUUGAGGGAACCUGGACCUCAAGGGCGGCCACCAUCACGCGUGACCGGCCCCCUGGGCUCCGAGAAUAUGCUGAACGGCACCCCGCUGGAGGCAGCCAUGCUCUUCCACGGCAUCGCCGGAGGCCACAUCCAGGGCAUCAUGGAGGAGAUGGAGCGCCGAUCCAAGACCGAGGCCCGCCUGGCCAAAGGCGCCCAGCUCAACGGCCGCGACGCGGCCAUGCCGCCGCUCAGUCCCGAGAAGCCCGCCCUGUGCGCCGGCUGCGGGGGCAAGAUCUCCGACAGGUACUACCUGCUGGCCGUGGACAAACAGUGGCACCUGAGGUGCCUGAAGUGCUGUGAAUGUAAGCUGGCCCUCGAGUCCGAGCUCACCUGCUUCGCCAAGGACGGCAGCAUUUACUGCAAGGAGGAUUACUACAGAAGGUUCUCUGUGCAGAGAUGUGCCCGCUGCCACCUUGGCAUCUCCGCCUCCGAAAUGGUCAUGCGCGCCCGAGACUCUGUCUACCACCUGAGCUGUUUCACCUGCUCCACCUGCAACAAGACCCUGACCACGGGCGACCACUUCGGCAUGAAGGACAGCCUGGUGUACUGCCGCGCGCACUUCGAGACCCUCUUGCAAGGCGAGUACCCACCGCAGCUGAGCUACACGGAGCUGGCGGCCAAGAGCGGCGGCCUGGCCCUGCCUUACUUCAACGGGGCCGGCACGGUGCAGAAGGGGCGGCCCCGGAAGCGGAAGAGCCCGGCGCUGGGCGUAGACAUCGUCAACUACAGCUCAGGCUGUAACGAGAACGAGGCGGAGCAUCUGGACCGGGACCAGCCGCCCUACCCGCCCUCGCAGAAGACCAAGCGCAUGCGCACCUCCUUCAAGCACCACCAGCUCCGGACCAUGAAAUCCUACUUCGCCAUCAACCACAACCCGGACGCCAAGGACCUCAAGCAGCUGGCCCAGAAAACGGGCCUGACCAAGAGGGUUCUGCAGGUUUGGUUCCAAAACGCACGAGCCAAAUUCAGAAGGAACCUUUUGCGGCAGGAGAAUGGGGGUGUGGAUAAAGCGGAUGGCCCGUCGCUUCCGGCCCCGCCCUCCGCGGACAGCGGCGCGCUCAGCCCGGCGGGCACGGCGACCACUUUAACAGACCUGACCAAUCCCACUAUCACUGUAGUGACAGCCGUGACCUCUAACCUGGACAGCCACGAAUCCGGGAGCCCCUCACAAACGACCUUAACGAACCUUUUCUAACAUUGGUGUUUCCCCCCCUUUCAUUCUCCUUCUUCUUUUUAUUCUAAUUAUUAUUAUUUUAUUAUUUACGAGACUUCCCAUCCCCUUCCCCUCCCCCCCCCCAAAACUCACAAGAUAUUCGGGAAAUAGAAGCAACAGCUCGGUGUGUAGCAUCCGCAGCCACUUGGCAAACGAGUUUACGGUAUUGUCUCUCUCUCUCUUUUUUUUGGUCUGCAAAGUGUAUUUGGAUUUUUUUCUUUUUUUAAAAUGAAUCAGGUCUUUCAGUCGGUACGGGGGGUUUUUGAAUCAUUCCAAGUGCCUCUUAAAAUUGUAUGUUACUUAUUUCCAAACUCU